ACACUUAAACUUAAAAUUUUCUCAACUGUAUACAUUGGGACAAAACUUGGCCGUUGACGAAAGCUUGACGAUGUGGAAAGGUUGGCUGGAUAUCAACCAAUUCAUACGUAAUAAAGCAGCGACAGUUGGAAUCAAGACGUAUGAAGUCUGCGAAUCCAAUAGUGGAUACUUGUGGCGAUUUGAAGUGCACGCAGGCCACGAGCCCCCGGCAGUUCCAGAAGACAAUCCGAUCACCGGAAUAGUUCCGUCUCUUGUGCUCAGAUUACUCGAUGGUCUGGAGCACAAGGGCCAUACUAUCUGGAUGGAUAAUUUUUACAAUUCACCAGCACUAGCGCGGGAACUAAAAAGCCGGGGAUUUGACUGUGCGGGGACGCUCCGUACAAACCGCCAAUUCGUGCCAUCGGAAUUGGUGAAUGUGUCCAAAAAAGAUAUGGCGGUAAAUCACGUGAUGGGUUGCACCUCGGGCGACGUGGACGUCAUGGUGUGGAGAGAUAAAAGCCGCGUAGCUUUUAUUUCUACAUACCAUGGCGUUUCAAGUACCAAGUGUGGCGAUACUUUCAAGCCGACCAUUGUAUUGGACUACAACGUUUGUAUGGGCGGAGUCGACCGGAAAGAUCAGCGGCUUUCCAUGUACCCCAUCGAAAGAACGCGGACCCGGGUUUGGUACAAAAAAAUGUUUAGGAGACUCUUGAACGCUAGUGUCCUAAACGCACACAUCUUGCUAGGAAAUCAAUUAUCGACGCACCGGCAAUUCCGGAAGGCGUUGAUAAUUGAUCUGUUAUCAGCACACCGCACACUUACACCCACUUCAAACACUAUUGCUACGGUGCAUGCCCCGGCGCAGUACGACUUGAUAAAGACCGGAAAGACGGAUCGUUUAAAGCGCAAAUGCGCCGUUUGCGGCAAACGGACCAUCACGUACUGCAAAGCAUGCAACGUGGCUAUGUGUAUGCUUACAUGCUACGAGCCAUACCACACUUCACACUAA